GGUCAUUCGCUGACACGGCAGCGGCGGUGUUGCACACACACACACACACACACACACAGAGAGAGAAGCUCUCCGCGACUUUUCUGUGUCGUUCUAUUUGUAGAAGCUAAUUAUCUUAUCUGGUUUCCACACCAGCAGUUUUAUUUCCCCCCUCCCCCGCUCUUAGAAGCCUCCCCCUUCGGCUUUAUAUCGCUGCCGGACGCCAUCGCGACGCGUGUCGGUUCUCAUUAUUGUAUUUAUUUAUUCCUUCGCUAGUCGCACACUCCAAUCCGCCAUGUACUUCGAUCACUCGCCUUCGCAGCGGCAGCAGCAGAGCCGCUACGCACCGCGCUCCACAUCCCCCGCCUCCACCGCCACCACAACUCUCUUACCGUUUCGUCGCAGCGAGCGCGGCGUCAACCUCGCAGUGGCGCUGAGCCCGGUGCAGGGCUACCUGCAGCCGCAGUGGGCUGUACCGAGCGCGGCGGCAGCAACCCAACGGCCACCCUCACCUCCGAUGCGAGAUUCAUUUCAAGCACAGCAGCAGCGGGGGGCGUGGACAAGCGCUGCAGCACCGCAUGCGUACUGUGUACGCGGACACCCCGACGCACCCAGCGCGCAGCUGUACGGUCGCUCUCCGUACCGAGAGGAAGACGGUGAUGAAGAGGCCGCCGCUGCCGCCUCCUCCGCCGCACCGCCAGCAGCCUUUGCGGCGGUGCCGACCGUCGUUGUGAGCGACGCGGCCCGCUGCCCGUCCCUGUCGUCGUCGCCGUCCCCCCCGCUGACGUCACGGCGGCCCUUCGCCACUUCUCCCUCCGCCGCGGACGGUGCGGCAGCUGUCGGUGGGUGCACCGCCGCGCGACGAGCCGGCAUCGCGCCCAAUCGCUUUGAUCGGGUGGUGGGCGCAGCUGAGCCGCCGUCGUCCUCUGCCGCCCGCCCACGUGGACGCGGCAUUGCGGAGGUCCGGCCGGGCUGCACGACGUCCACGGAGCGGGUUCGCUACCGCAGCAACGUGACGAAGAAGCUCAUCGACCUCUACGACGAGGUCGCAGAGCUAUACGAGUGCCGCGGGAACAUGACCUUCCAGGUGACGCAGGCAAUGCGGAGUGACCCGCGCUACACGAAGGAGAGGCACGGCGAGGUGCGGCUGGCGUACAAGCCCGCCCCGGCGCAGCAGGCCGCCGUGACCGCUGUCGAAAGUUCGCUGGAGGCCCUGCACGACGCGUGCCACGAGCUGGUGGCGGCCUACCUCACCCCAGAGGAGAAGCGCUACCUCGGCAUCGAUACGCACCUCUUCCAAACGAAUGCGGAGAAGAAGUCCACCUACCAGUACGCCCCGGCCAAUCCAACGAGUAAAGCCCCACCGGAUUCGCCGUCCCAGCAGGAGGAGGGGAGCACCAACACGGCGCGCCCCCCGUCCGUUUCGUCCGGCUCGCAGCACGAGCAGCGGCCAUCGCACCCGGACGGCGUGAAGUUCACGACACAGGCGACCGCGGUGCCUUCCACUUCCGCGGCGGCACCGUCGUCGAGGCAAACGCCGACGCCGACGCCGCAGUACUCCCUCGCGUCGGCGGCCUUCCAAGAGGACCAGGCCGUCUCCGCGAACAACACCAAUUACAACGAGAACACGCAGCUGAACACGUCAGCGGAUCAGCCGUAUUCCUUGAUUGAAGCCUCCGCCAUCGUCUCUCCUUCCACGGCAGCUGCUUCCACGACACACAAUGACCCAGCACAAAUGAACCGCGCUGCCCUUCCUCCUUCACUUCCACCUCCUGCUGCCGUGUCAUCGGUGUAUCCCCCGCCACAGCAGCAGCAGCAGCAGCAGCAACAGCCGGCAGCGGUGGGGGUUCCUGCGGCAAGUCAGCGGGAGGCGGCCACGGAUGACACCGUCGCGGUAGGCUCGGUCAGCUCGCCGGAGCGGAUGUACGCGCCGGCGGGGUCGACGUCGAGCCUCGGCGGUGGUGCAUGGCCGUCUGACACGGCUACGGCCACCGCGCGAGCGUCGCCCGUCGCGCCACGGCCAUCGGUGCCUGCCAAAGUGCUGGUGCAGCCGCCACCGCCCUCGGCGGUUGGUGCUGGUCGCAACGGUGCCUCCGCGAGGGCGUCGUGUGCGCCGCCGAAGAUGCCACCAGGGAUUCCGCCGGGCGCAAAGCUGGUGAAGAUGCCGAUGGGUGUGCCUCCGCCUGCAGCAGCAGCAGCAGCAGCGACGACGACCACCACCGCCACAACGGAUGCGGCGUUGGCGUCUUCUACUGUUGCUGCAGCUGGUGGUGGUGGGUUGUCGGCGUCCCACCCGCCGAUGCACCCACCAAGCCGCAACAGCUCCUUCACCAAUCGCACUGCCGCGGCGGCUCCAAAGGCGCCUGCGAUGCGGGCCGAGUUUAAGCGGUUUCUGAUCGACUCGGACAGCGACAGCAUGGCGUAG